AUGCAACUCCCUACAUUCGCUCUUCUUACAAGCAUGAUGCUUGCUACAGUCUCUGCUGUUAACUACAAGACAAACAGCGUCACCGCCGUCUGCGUAAACGGCAACACACUCUUCUGCAGCGCUGGCGAUGGCAACGGAGGCACCUGUGGGAAUAACAUACCGGAUGGGUUUGAUGAAACGGCUACCAAAGCCAACGAAGCUGUGUUCACACGCUGGUUUGGAGGUCUGAGGGGGGGGGACGAACAGGUUCCAUAG